AUGGCCGAGGCUGCCGGCUCCCCGCGCCGCCCCGCCGCGGGCAGGUGCGGGGCGAGCGGCGCGGCGGCGGCCCGAGCCCGCUGGCGGCUGCUCGGACAGGUUCUGAGGAAAAAGCACUUGAAAGAUGUGCAUCUCCAACAAGUAUCUGUCAGAAGGUUUGCAUCAUUCAAUCUCUUUUCAAUAGAAGACCAGAAUGCAGAAGAGGAAACUGGGACCUGGGUUCAAUACAGAAGCAUCUUUUAUCCCAAGUACAGUGUCUCCUUAAGAUUUCACGAUGGCCUCUUAAAUGUUAAAGAUGUUCUUACAAGUUUUGACAACACGGGGAAUGUCUGUCUCUGGCCAUCUGAAGAAGUGCUGGCUUACUACUGCCUAAAGCAUAAUGAAAUAUUCAGGGACCUUGCUGUGUGUGAGCUAGGGGGUGGCAUGACAUGCUUGGCUGGGCUCAUGGUUGCUAUUUCUGCAGAUGUCAAAGAAGUUCUGUUAACUGAUGGAAAUGAAAAGGCCAUCAAAAAUGUAAAUGAGAUCAUCACAAGAAACCAAAAUGCUGGAGUAUUUAAGGCUCAGAAGGUGUCAAGCUGCAUUUUACGAUGGGAUAAUGAGACAGAUGUCUCUCAACUGGAAGGACAUUUUGACAUUGUUAUGUGUGCUGACUGCCUGUUUCUGGACCGGUACAGAGCUAGCCUUGUUGAUGCAAUAAAGAGAUUACUCCAGCCCAGUGGAAAAGCAAUGGUAUUUGCUCCACUCCGAGGGAAUACUUUAAACCAGUUUUGCAAUCUAGCUGAAAAAGCUGGUUUCUCUAUCCAAAGACAUGAAAAUUAUGAUGAACACAUUUCGAACUUCCACUCCAAGUUGAAAAAUGAAGAAAAAGAUACAUAUGAGGAAAACCUCCAUUACCCUUUUCUUCUCAUUUUAACCAAACAGACAUAGAAGAUUACACCUCUUUUUUUUAAGAUGGACUGCUGAAAAUUAUUCCAUGUAUGUGGAUGGUCAGGCAAUGUGGAAUGUUCAUUUUCCCCCAUUUAUGUCCCUGAAUCAUCAUUGGGGAAAUAUUUCUAAUCUAAAUGCUGAGAAAGAUAUUGUGGCUCAUUUUGCAGAGUAUAAGCAUUGAGACAUCUUUUUUUUUUGGUAUCAUUUUAGAAGGUAUUUUUCCAAUUGUAUUCCAGCCUUAAAAUGAUUGGACUUCACAUGUAUGCAUUAACAAGGUGUAGAGCUGGCUUUCUUCUCUUUUGUGCCUUUAAACUUGCAUGUACUUUUUUGAUCUCUUUAAAUGCUAUUUUGAGGUGUAUUUGAAAAUAUAUGGAUGAUAUACUUGGUGGGCUUAGAUAAUUGGUUGUAAAGAAGUGAAUGCAUUGACACUUAAUUAGUAAGGAAAUAGUUGUCUGAAGAUCUUCUUAAAGUGCACCUAUUGAAUGCUUGUAUUUUGCUGCAUUUUUUUUUUAAAUUCCACUGUUGAUUUUUCAAUCCAUGAUUGAAAUGUCCUCAUUUGCUUUAGUGUUGAAGGCCCCUUUUCUAUAUGUGUGUAUGUAUGUUUUUUUUCUAGCAGGACUUUUCCUCCUGUAGAUGUAUAAGAAAUUAUGCAUCAGACAAAAGCCUCAUAAACUGACCAUUUGUCCUUUGGACACAAUAGCCUGCCCAGCCCCUCUGCUCCUCCUCUCCAAUUAUGUGUGAUUAGUCUCAGUGUGUUGUGUCAAGAAGGGGGAGUGUGCUGAGUGCUUAUUAUCUGUUUAGGUACAAGAAGAGCACAUUUAGGUUCUGACUAUGAAUGGAAAGUGAGUCUUUAUCAGGACUAAAAUCUAAAUGCUACUAUCCUAGAAAUGGCUUUCAAAAAACCACGUUUUUAUUAAUAAAUUCCAAGAAACACUGUAAGAACUAAAGGAUUUUAUAAUGUAAUCAAACUAUCUCCCUUGAAUUAGUUUAUUUUGUGAUAUAUUGUGGCCCACAUAUUUGAUGUACACUUAAUGUGAUUUUUCUUGUACUGGAAAAGACAAAAAUCCUACAAAAAAACAGGAGCAGUAUCUGAUUUCUUAACAGUUUUACAGACUGUUUUAAUGACUUCUCAGUAGCAGUCUUUAAACCACAACACUUUUAAAAUGUUGAAAAAAGAGAGAGAGGCAGAGAGCAUGAUUGAGAGAGAUAGGUACUAGCUUCAAGCAAGUGUAGAGAAUCCUGCUGAAAUACAUUAAUUAAAAGAAUUGCAAUUUGACAAGAAGCAUUCUUCCAUAUUUAACUCAUUGGCCAGCAUGUAAACCACAAGCUCCUGAAAGUCUCUUGCUCUUCUGCUUCUUCCCAAAUAAAUUUCUUCACUACCA